GAGGAUAUCGACACGUUUGAUGAAUUCCAGUUUACAUUUCCUACAAAAGAUCCGUCGAAAGACACGGACUCCGAAUUGGAGGCUCCAACGACUGAGAGCGAAUCUACGCAACAAGUCCAGAGUCCGCUGUCAAGUGUCAUUACUGCACCGGGAAUUUUUGCUUCCAGCUAUUCUGGAACUGCAGAGCUCGGGGCCCAACAUGAAGCUGAUCUGACAGUCCUUCAUGAUCUUCGAGGCCAAACGCAUCCUUUGUUUCGAUGGCUUCAUAUUCGUCAAGAGACCAUGAACUUUGAUGCAUUCUGGGUCCAAGUAUCUCGCCAUAUUCAGUUUCGAGAUGCCGAAAGAAAUGCUGUUGCCAGUCUCCAAGCCGAGGUCAAGCGGCAAUGCGCCAAGACUCGAUACUCACCCCGGGGCGCGAAAGUAGGCUACAUGGAGCCUCGAUGCAUACAAACCCCCAUUCAUUCAUCCGACAAGAAAGCAACAGACGAAUCUCACGUAGCCAAUUGGAUCUGCAUCCCGUACUUUCGCCUCCAACAAUAUGCCGAAUCCCCCUUGGCCUCGAAUACGGCGCUAUUCCCGGCUCAGACCUUGCUUCAGUCUCAGUAUUCUCGCAGUAGCCAGCAGAGAGACAUGGAUCAAGCGGUUUGUCAACUUGGGCAAGUCCCGCGAGGUUACUGUUUUCAUAUCUCACAAUUGUGGUGCCUGAUCGUUGGUAACAGUAGGUAUCCCUCGAAAACCACCCCUCCUCUUCCCUUUGCUGACACAACGCCGACGUCCUUGUCACUUGCGGUACAAUGUCGCAAUCGGACUUACAAGGAACAACGGUGAAAGUGAAUCCGGUGCCAUGUCAAACGGGCGGGAUGAACAGAAUCCUCGUCUCAUAUGGGGGAGCGCUGAUGUGGUCUUUGGCGACCAAUGAAUGCCAGACGUGGUUUGCAUUUAUUGCUCACUUCCAUGCCUUUUGGCCACGAAACAUUGAGUUCUGGCGUAAAGAUCGUCUAAUUACCGCCGACAAUUGGGACAAGAUUCUCAAAAUGGCUGAAGGGUCAAAGAGCGACGUGAAGUUGAAGUUGAAGCUGGCUGAUACACCGGACAUGCUUCGACCGUCGGUGAAAUCAAAUGUUGUGGGUUUCAAAGCAUCUGAAAAGUGUCAUAAAGGGUCUGCGGUUGCAUCGGAAUUUCUGCACGUCUUCACUCUCUUAUCGAAAAGUGCAGAGGCGUCCGAUGACGAUAUACUCCAGGACCUUCAGGAACAACUGUCGGCGGCCGAAAGGUUCCUGACAGAGAAGACGUCAUAUUCGGCACAAAGAGGUUACAAACGAUGUGAACUCAAGACAAGAGAUGGUCUGCGCGAGCAUCUCGAAAAACUUGCAGCUCGCGUCGACGAGAAGAAAAGCGACACAGCCCGCCGCUCGUAUGAUGAUUGCCUCGCCAUCUUCAACAUGGCCGACAUGCUGUUUCAAACGUUCUUCCCUCUGACGUUCCAAGGCAGUACGACGGGAAAAUACUGGGGGGCGCUGAGCAAGCUGAUGAAGAUACCCGAGCUCGAUGGCGACAACGCGGUAUAUGACAGCACGUCUUCCAUUUCGGAAAUGAAAAACGCUCUCUGGCAGUUGACUCAAGACAUACCGUCGUUCCAAGACAUUAUGUCCUUUUCAGGGAAAGAAGAUCGAGCUACCAUGACAUUGCCUCAAGAGCUUGUGACUGCGUGGCUACAUAUCGUUUUUGGCCUCAUCUACAGCACAUAUGCGCCCGAUUGGUACAGCCAUAUCAUGAAGGCCAGACAGCUGAUGAGGGACGGGAUGCAAAAGAUGAUCCAGAGCAUUUCCAACGAGAAUCUGCUGGACAAGGCUGUCAUGCUGCCAACCGAAAUUAUGUCGCUCAUCACCUUGAAUCUCCUACAUGACGACGUGGGAAAGUACGAUGACAUUUGCGACACGUAUUCGCUCUACCUCAAUCUACUCGACACAGAUAUCACCACGAAGCCAUCCAAUCGGACGUAUCAACAUCGAAUUGACCUUGUCAAACAGGAGAUGACCGCCAUCAGACGCACGCUAGCGAAGCAACGGAGCAUAAUCGCGAUGCUAAGGAAUAAAACGAGCUACGUAGAGGGCAAUUUCGUGGUGAGGUAUGGUGAGGAAAUGCCAUCUCGCAUGAGGGCAGAAUACGAUCACGACGCGAGAAUCGCUCCUGGAUAUCGAUAUCGAGCUGCUGAUGACAGGACACUCGAAGUCGGCGACUACGACCGACGCGGAGUCGGUGUCCAGUUCCUGAACGACCUGGAGGCAGCUUCGAAGCUCUCGCCGACAGACGUGGGUGGGUUUCGGAGCCUCUUCCUGGCCGACUGCGCGAAGCUCGUCGAACAAAGAGAAUACGAAUUCCGGCGAAAUACAGAGUAUGCGGAGGAUCUCGAGCGGGAGAUAUCAUACAAGAUGGAAUGGACCAAGGAUAAGCAGGAGAACGCCAUCUACGCCUUCACCCUGGUGACGAUCAUCUUCCUGCCGCUGAGCGCCAUCUCGAGCAUCUUUGGCAUGAACACUAACGACAUCCGCAACAUGAAUUUUGACCAAUGGCUCUACUGGGCGGUGGCUCUACCUGUCACCAUCAUCAUCAUUAUUGCAGGCCUGUGGUGGAUGGACGAGCUGGGCAACGCAACGGAGUGGCUCAUUGGGAGGCGCAGUCGUUCGCCCGAGUAUGGGAGCUCGCUGCCUUCCGGAGCUGGCACGUCUAGGCCCAUCGCGCCAGUCGCAGACUAUGAUUCGACGGGACGGCCCAGCGAGGAGAUGCCUGGUGCCUAUCGCCGAGCUCACUAUCUGCGGCCGACUAUGCGGAGCUAUAGCGGCAAUGCUGAGGUUGUCUUGCCUGCUGUGCCGCGGCCGC